GGAAACCACAAUUCCCAGAAUGCACUUGACGUUAACUGUGGAAAGGGGGAAGGGAAACUGAGAUUGGAGGGAGAGAAACUGAGAUAUCCAUGACAACCAGUUUGACAUACCAUGUCAUGAGUGCCCCCUAUUGGUUGGAUCUUGUCAAGGAGAAGGCACACUUCACCAAGACUCAUCCCACCUUGGUUUGAGCAUUGUUAUAUUGUGGAUGUGAGGUGCCAACAUUGAGUGUCAAAGCAAUGAAGCAGCUGGGAAAGAGGGAGGCCACCCUAGAUCAGCAGUGUCCAUACCCAGCUCUGCAGCCCCUCUAAUGGGGCAGGAUGCAAAACAACAUGUAUUCAAUGAGAUCUACCUGUUGACUACUCUGGACCGAGAGAGCGAGAGGAAGGAAGGGGACGUUUGACAAGCAGUAUUUGUGGAAAGGGACACAGCAGACAUGGGGGUCUUCCCAAUAACUCUUCUGACUGCCUCAUUCUUGGGAAAAAGGCUUUAAAGGGUAGAACAGGGAUUACACACUCACACACAGACACACACACACUCAUGCCAUGGAAGGGGACAGUGGUGUCACAGCACACACAGAGGGUCUGAAUGGUGUGUUCCAUCAUGAAUGUAAAGAGACAGAGGAGCUAACCAAUGGCCACUCCAACCACAAACCUGUAAUGAAUGGACUGAUGCCAGGUCAUAGUGUCAAAGAGCACGCCAACGGUAGUUCAGUGCUCAAAUCUCUGCCAAUUUCAGCUCUGAAGCAGAAUGGCCUUCUGCAGUCCCUGGCAGCAGGAGGAAAGAAACCCAAGACAGAAAGGGAGAGUGCGGAUGUGGAGCAGGCUAGAGAGGAGUGGGAGGCUCUAGAGAGUAUCCAACCAGUGGUCUGUGAGGAGUCCAGUCCCACCCCUCUCAUCUCCUUUAACGAGGCGCUGCAGCACUUCCAGACUACAGACCUUGGAGAGCUGCUGAAGAAGAUCCAGCCCACGAUUCACAGGACGGGUCUGGCCACUUUCACACACUUCCUUUUCGGCCCGCCGCGACUUCACCGAGAACUACUGGAGGAGAGGGACCUUGUCUUUGCCAUCGCACAGUGUUCUCUGGAUAACAGUCAGGCUGUACACCUGCGUGUUCUACAGACCAUCUAUAAGAGGCUGACAGGCAGUAAGCUGGACUGUCCUCGGUUCGGCACACACUGGGAGAAUGUGGGCUUUCAGGGUACGGACCCAGCCACUGACCUGCGUGGUACAGGUUUCCUGGGGUUGAUGCAUGCCUUGUACCUGGUAAUGGACCCUGAGACGCUGCCUUUAGCCAGAGACAUCUUCAAGCUGUCCCAGCACCCCACACAGAACUUUCCUUUCUGUGUGAUGUCCAUCAAUAUGACCUGUAUCGCCCUGCAUGCACUCAGAGAAGAGGCCCUCUCCAAGGAGUGUAACCGUCGUCAGCAGGUAGUGGGGGUAUUGAAUGAGUUCUACGUUGCCACAUUCCUGCACCUCUACCAGCUGUGGAAGAGCCAGCAGAAGACCAUCUCUGACUCCGGCUUCGUCCUGAAAGAAGUGGAGCUGUUUGCCAAAAAGAACCCCAAGCAGAUGCUGCGUCGACUGGACGUCUUCUUGAGGGAGAGGAGGUACCCGGACCCCACGGCCCAGCGACCCUCACCCUGCCUGGGGGGGAGAGGGGCCAGGUCUGAGGGAACCAGGGCCAAGGAGAUGCACUUCACUGGAGUGUGUGAGCUACCACUGAACAUGGAGGGAGAGGCCAGGCUCAUCUGACACACAGAGAGUCUGUGAGUACGGAUAGGCUAGUCUGAGCUAGAAAGAGAGUGUGUUUGUGUCAGUUGUGUGUGUAGGGACCCCACCAAGCUUUGACCCACUCCCUGCGGUCCUUUCCCAUUGAUGCUGUAAAACUGCUGUCAGAUCAGUUUGUAACAGAAGUUCUUGUCGGUGAGGCAUGGGACUGAUGGAUGAAUAAAAGAUGUCAUUAAAUAGAGAGAGAGAAUGAAAUGUUAGCAUUUCAAGGACUGGUGUGGGUGCAGGCUUUGCUCCAGACAAGCAGUAGCGCACCUGAUUCUACUAAUCAUCCAAUCAUAGUUGGUUUAUUGAGGCCAAAUCAGAAGCUGCCAAACCCCAGGGCUUCUAUCUGUCUGCAGCCCUAGUAGAGUUCUGGAAGGGUGUAGUGUCAUUGACUCUCUUCUACUGUCAGCAGAACUGUGUGUGCGUGCACUAGGUAUGGAGAUUAAGGUGUGUGUUUGCUAUAGGGAGUUGGAACAGUGAGGCCUGUGUUUCUGUAGUCAGGUCGAUGUGUCUGGGUUCAGAUGGUUCUUGUCCCAGUGCAGGUUAAAUAGGUGUGUGUGUGUGUGUGUGUGUGUGUGUGGGGGGGCUCGGAUGGUUCCUGUCUGUCCCAGUGCAGGUUAAAUAGGCUGAUGUGUGUGUGUCUGGGCUCGGAUGGUUCCUGUCUCAGUCCCAGUGCAGGUUAAAUAGGCUGAUGUGUGUGUGUCUGGGCUCUGAUGGUUCCUGUCUCAGUCCCAGUGCAGGUUAAAUAGGCUGGUGUGUGUGUGUCUGGGCUCGGAUGGUUCCUGUCUCAGUCCCAGUGCAGGUUAAAUAGGCUGAUGUGUGUGUGUCUGGGCUCGGAUGGUUCCUGUCUCAGUCCCAGUGCAGGUUAAAUAGGCUGAUGUGUGUGUGUCUGGGCUCGGAUGGUUCCUGUCUCAGUCCCAGUGCAGGUUAAAUAGGCUGAUGUGUGUGUGUCUGGGCUCGGAUGGUUCCUGUCUCAGUCCCAGUGCAGGUUAAAUAGGCUGAUGUGUGUGUGUCUGGGCUCGGAUGGUUCCUGUCUCAGUCCCAGUGCAGGUUAAAUAGGCCCAGAGCCCCUGGUUGUUUGGGGGAUAUAUUUUUUAAUAAUUGAAAAAGUAUUUUAGUCCUUUCCUAAGGGAUAGAUGCCAUAACAAUACAUGAAAUGAUACUGUAUAUGAAAAUGAUAUAUUAUAUUAUGGAUAUUGCACUUGAUGAUAGUGGCAGAAUGAGAGGGACUUCUUCUGCUAAGAAACUCAGGAAGACUGUUCAAAUGAUUCCCUGUUCCCUGUAUAGAGUUCUACUGUUGACCAUCUUCCCCGUAGUGAAUAGGGUUUUACGUAGUGAAUAGGGUUUCACGUAGUGAAUAGGGUUUCACGUAGUGAAUAGGGUUUCACGUAGUGAAUAGGGUUUUACGUAGUGAAUAGGGUUUUACGUAGUGAAUAGGGUUUUACGUAGUGAAUAGGGUUUCACGUAGUGAAUAGGGUUUCACGUAGUGAAUAGGGUUUCAUUUGAGAUGCGCAUUUAGACUGGUCAGUCAAGCCAACAGUUAUUGGCUGGUUUAGUCUGACCUGUGAUAGAAGUCGGCUGGGAGGUUUUCUACAUGCAUUCCGUUACAGAGCAUCCAGCUGGAGAUGAUUGACCAGUGCCAGAUAAAUGUCAGUCGUGGGUGUUAUCUAACUAAAUGGAUAAUGCACACAAAUUACACACGUGCCUAACUAAAGGUUAGUGCCCAGAGAUGAUCUUUUUCUAAAUGAUGAAUUGAUAGUGAUGAUAACAGUGAAGGGUGUGUCUCUAUGAAGGUGUAAAGUAAGCAAUCCCAACUCUGUCAGAGAUCCUACUAAUAAUGGUGUUUGUGUGCAGUCACAAUCAGUAGCAUGUUCAGGUAGCACCGGUACUGUAGCCUCCUUGUUCUUUUACCUUCCUUGUAAAGCUUGUUUCUCUUGGUCAUGUGGUCUGAUUUACAGUCUUUAGCGUCGGUGCUGUUACUACAGUACAUUCACAACAUCCCCUCUACAACAGACAUGUAGUUAGUAGAGCGACUCAGUGGAUUCAUGUUUUGUGAGGUACUUGUAGAUCUUCAGUAGCCGGUUGUUAAAUAUGAUCUUUGUCUUCUGGGAUGAAAGCAGAACAAGCAGAAGGAUCCUCUCUCUAAGAGCAUCAGGUUGGAUGUAUCACUGGGUCAGGGGUUAAAGUGUACACAUCUAGAAACAUCAUAUAAACAUCUAUAGGUGUGGACAUGAUCAGAUACAAUAUGUAGCCUAUCUUGUCCUAUUGGAUUAUUUACAAGCACAUCACUAUCCACAUACACCCUCCAUUUUCAAAAAAGGAAUACGUGCUGUUUUUUUUGCCAAGCGGAAGUGUUUUUGUUAGUAAGCAAAAUGUGCACUCUUCUAGAAUGCUGGAGGUGUGUACGGUGUGAGUGUUGCUAGGUGAUGUCUGUGUCGUAUUUUUAACCGACCUCGAAAGAACAGGGCCUCUAUCUCUGCAGCUAUAAUCUCAUCAUAGCCCUCGUUAAUCUGAAACAUUUACUAAAGUAAUCUCAUUUAACUAAACCUGUAUUUCAGAUUGUGAAGAUACACAAAGUUGUUUUAUUUUAUUUUAGCAGAAGUGCUUGUUCCAGUUUAGUGUGUGAAUCAGGAAGUACAAAAGGUGAUUGUUAUUGUGUGAUUGUUAGUAGGGUAUUCUAUUGAAAUCAUUCAGAUUUAUUUAUAAAUAAAGACAUUUUUACAUCAGCAGAUGUCACAAAGUGCUUAUACAGAAACCUAGCCUAAAACCCCAAACAGAAAGCAAUGCAGAUGUAGAAGCACGGGGGCUAGGAAAAACUCCCUAGAAAGGCAGGAACCUAGGAAGAAACCUAGAGAGGAACCAGGCUCUGAGUGGUGGCCAGUCCUCUCCUGGCUGUGUUGGGUAGAGAGGAACCAGGCUCUGAGGGGUGGCCAGUCCUCUCCUGGCUGUGCUGGGUAGAGAGGAACCAGGCUCUGAGGGGUGGCCAGUCCUCUCCUGGCUGUGCUGGGUAGAGAGGAACCAGGCUCUGAGGGGUGGCCAGUCCUUUCCUGGCUGUGCUGGGUAGAGAGGAACCAGGCUCUGAGGGGUGACCAGUCCUCUCCUGGCUGUGUUGGGUAGAGAGGAACCAGGCUCUGAGGGGUGGCCAGUCCUCUCCUGGCUGUGUUGGGUAGAGAGGAACCAGGCUCUGAGGGGUGGCCAGUCCUCUCCUGGCUGUGUUGGGUAGAGAGGAACCAGGCUCUGAGGGGUGGCCAGUCCUCUCCUGGCUGUGCUGGGUAGAGAGGAUAAGAAAAACAUUGCUUACCUCAAGACUUGAGACAAAUCUUAUUUUUUCUCUUCUUUGGAUGUCUGUUGACAAGGACAAUGGCUUCUCACUUCAUAUAACUGCGGGCCUUAUCUUUUCUCUUUCCGUUGCGAGACACAUACUCCCUGUGUAUUCCACACCUGAAACACUAGUGAUCUAAUGCUGAAGCUGGUAGGCUAUGUAUUCUAUUUGAAAUGACACAUGGCUUUAUAUCAGCCUGACUGCAGAUCCACUCCAUGUCGACUAUGUUAAUGAUAAGCAAAUGUUCUUGUGGCUGCGACAGUAUCCACUUCCGCUGUGUAUUGGUGAUUGUUCCCACCUUUGACCAUGUCAGUAUCAUACAGGAACAUUGUGCUGCUCCUCCAGAUUUGAUUUGCAUUCCCAAAUCAAGGUUUUGGCUUGAAUUCCUUGCAUAUGUUUCCACCCGUUAGGUCCUAUUUUGUUUUCACCGGAUAGAUCUCAGUUCAGAACCAAUAGAAAACGGGUCUAUAGGCAGCAUGCAUGGUACUGAAUAUAACAAAUCACUUCCUUAAUCUCUUGUGCUUUAUAUGAAGGUGUUGUACUGUUUCUGUUGUCGUCAUUUGUCCCUGAAAGCAUUCUCUGACUGUACCUUGAUUGUAGAAGACCUAUUUUAUAAUGAGUUAUUUCAGAAAUAUGUGCUGAUGUACAGUAAUGUAUUGUAUGGAGAGACCUGAAUAAAUGCAAUUUAAAACACA